AUAAUCUCAUUACUUUCCAACUUCACAUUUUUAGUAGUAAUCAACCAUUUAGGAUGGUAAAUAAUAGCAACGAUCUCUUUCAAUCAGCCUAUACGGGAGAGCUUGUAAUCUGUACUCAUUUCACGUUUGAUGAGACGGGCCGGCAUUGCUUCUAAUCUGCACCGUUCUCCAUUCAUCGCGGAUAGAACGUUCCCUGCAAAAGGUACUCCCCAAGAGAACCCACCGAAUCCGGAACGGCAGAGAUUACGAAUAAUACGUAAAUUUUUCCGCACUCGCUCGCACGCUCGCACGCGAAUAAAGAAGCAACGCGAAAGGACAACAGUGAACCCACGAACACGAACCGCAAAGACGCGAAGCACACAAACACCGAUUCCGAACGCUUAAAAGUUUGCGCACGCAAUCGAACCGGGCAACCGGCUCCAAUUCAGUUCGCAAACGUACGCCGGUUCGGGCGGAUUGUGGUUGUAAACGGUUGCCGUUUUGCCAAACACGGUACCGUGCGAAGAUCAGUCGAUCGGUAGAAGGGUUGCUGGUUAGAAAAAAAAACGAGCUUUACUCUAAACGCAUCCAUAAUGCCGGUCAUAACGAGAAGCGGUCGGCCGAACGAGGAGCUGCUGAAGGCAACGCGUGGCACUAACGUAAUGUACGCAAGUGGUCCAACGACGACAAGCAGCAGCAUCACGACGACAAUGAUCAAACCGACGCUACAUCAAUCCCGAACGCGCUUCCUACCGAUCGAGUUCGAUCGUAAUGGCCGCGCUUACCCGAAACCUGAUCCGCAGCGACCGGCAUACGUCCAGGACUACUACAAACUGCGUACCGACUGUCUGCGGACGGGCACACUGUUCGAAGAUGCCGAAUUUCCUGCCGAUGAUUCUUCGCUACACUAUUCGUCCAUUUCGGGCCGUCCGUCCCAGUACAAGUGGUUGCGACCGCACGAAAUCAGCCCGGACGCGGUGUUUGAUGCCGAUGGGUUCUCCCGGUUUGACAUCCAACAGGGACUGUUGGGUGAUUGCUGGCUGUUGGCGGCAGCGGCAAAUCUUACCACCUUCCCGGUACUCUUUAGCCGUGUCGUUCCGGACGACAAUGAUCGCAUACAGGGUGGCCGCAAGGGGGUAGAUUAUGCCGGUAUCUUUCACUUUCGCUUCUGGCGAUUCGGCCAAUGGUACGAUGUGGUAGUUGACGAUCGACUUCCGACAUUGCGCGGUCAGCUCGUGUACAUCAAGUCAUCCACGAAGCAUGAGUUCUGGAGUGCUCUGCUGGAGAAAGCGUACGCAAAACUGUUCGGCUCGUACGAAGCACUGUCGGGAGGAUCCGCUAGUGAGGCGAUGGAAGACUUUACCGGUGGACUUACUGAGGGUUACGAGAUGAAGGACGCUCCGGACACGCUGUUCGAGAUGAUCGAGAAAGGCUGCAAUAACUAUGCAAUGUUUGCGUGCAGCAUUGAGGCUGGUGCAGGCGAGAUGGAACAGGUCACAUCACAGGGUCUCGUGAAGGGACACGCGUACUCCAUCACCAAGGCACAAGCCGUCGAUAUCGAGACGCCCAGAGUGAAGGGCAAAAUUCAGCUAGUUCGUUUACGAAAUCCGUGGGGUAACGAGAACGAAUGGAACGGAGCAUGGAGUGACAAGUCGCCGGAGUGGCGUUUCAUUACCGAGGACACGAAGCGUUCGAUUGGGUUAACGUUUGAGGUGGACGGCGAGUUUUGGAUGUCUUUCCCAGACUUUCGCAAAUACUUUGAUCGUAUCGAAAUGUGUCACCUUAGCCCUGAUUGUCCUAUCGCACUGCAGGAGAGCCGUUUUGCCUGGCGUCAGUCCGCGUUCGAAGGCGAAUGGGUGUUGGGUAGUACGGCUGGCGGAUGUCGCAACUUUCUGGACACCUUCGUGCAUAAUCCGCAGUACGUGAUCCGACUGGACGAUCCCGAUGCGGAUGAUGACGAGAAGCUGUGCACAAUGAUCGUGUCCCUCAUCCAGAAGAAUCGAAGAUCUAAACGUAACAAAGGCAUCACGUGUCUCACGAUCGGUUUUGCGAUCUAUCGAGUGGAGCCGAACGAUCUACAGCGAAAACCACUGUCUCGUGAGUUUUUUACGGGUCAUCUGUCGGUGGCUAAGUCCACGUUCAUCAAUCUGCGUGAGGUGACGUGCCGAUUUAGACUACCGCCUGCAUCGUACGUCAUCAUACCGUCAACGUUUGACCCGAACGAGGAAGGCGAGUUUAUGAUCCGGGUGUUCUCCGAAUGUCCUAGCAACAUGCAGGAGAAUGACAGCGCAAUUGGCAUUGGUACACCGCCGGGUUCACCAACUAAACCAUCUGUCGGAGUUGGGUCGCCUACAAAACCAUCCUCAAAAGAGACGGAUCUUGGAGUGACCGACGCACAGAGAGCUACCAUGGAGCGGCUAUUCAUAGAGGUGGCCGGAACGGACGGUGAGGUAGAUUGGAUGGAACUUAAACUGGUGCUGGAUCGUUGUUUCCGUGAGGAUAUCGCUAAAGCUUCGCGAGGUAUCUCCCAAACCUACCAAACGCGUGCCACUCCGAUAGAGAAGCGAUCCGUACCGACGACGGCCACUGCACCAGGGACAGGACUGGAAAGAAGUAUCUGCGGUGUAUGGACCAUGUUGCAGCAACUAUUUCGUGAUGUUGCUGGUGGAGAUAACAAUCCAGUACGUCAAGCGAAUGGAACUGCAGCCAGCGCCGGUGAGCAGACGGAACUUAUUCAAAGUGAAAAUGUCUCCCAAGUGCAUGCGGAUCCAACUAAUCCGGGCUUUUCGAAGGAUGCUUGCCGCUCGAUGGUUGCCAUGCUGGAUGAGGAUGGUUCGGGGAAGCUUGGUUUGAUGGAGUUCCAGAAAUUGCUGGCCGAUAUCGCACGUUGGAAGGGUGUAUUUAAACAGUACGACAAUGACCAGAGCGGACGGAUCAGUCCGUUCGAGCUGCGGGCUGCCCUUCAGUCGGCCGGUUACACACUGAACAAUCACAUCAUUAACAUGCUGAUGCAUCGGUACGGUUCGAAGGAGGGCGAAAUAUGGUUCGAUGACUUUAUUACCUGUGCCGUAAAGAUCCGUACCAUGUUCGAUAUCUUCAAAGCGCGCGAUCUAAGCAAUCGAAACGAAGCACGGUUUACGCUGGAGGAAUGGAUCACGAAAACGAUCUACUCGUGAGCACUCCGGAAGCAUGUUACUCUCACAUAUGGACCAGUAAUGGUGGCGGUUAGGUGGCUUGGGCAAAGCGUAACCACCUUACCUCACACACAUCAAAAGGUAAUAAUUCGAAUUUCUUUUACAAAUACUGUUUGCUAAAUGUUUCUGACUAUCUGUGUUCGGUGUAUUUAAAUACACAUUACAAAUAAUGAAGAGUUUCAUCUAAAAGAUGACGUAUACAACCUA